UGUUUCAAGCUACGCUCGCCGGACACACGCUCCAUUCAUCCCUGCGUCCUUUAUUUACCGGUGUACGCGUCUGGCGAAGUGGUCCUCUGGCAGGCAUGUCGGGCUCGACUUCCCCGCCUCCCUCGGCAGAGGCUGUGGGGACCGAGGGGUGCUUUCCCCCCGGAUACAAGCCUUUCAAACCCGAGGAGCACGGCCUGGAGCGCGGGUUCCGUCUCACAGCCUUUUCGGAAAUGAAGGGAUGAGGCUGCAAGGUCCCGCAGGAGGCUCUGCUCAAACUCCUGGCGGGACUGGAAGCGGACCGGGCCGACGGGACAGGGAAGGCCGGAGACCAAGUACCGGAGUUCGACCAACCUUUGCCCGGCCCCCGACUCGGGGUGGGGAUGGACUGUUGUGUGAUCCCCCUGAGGCAUGGGGGACUCUCUCUGGUCCAGACCACGGACUUCUUCUACCCUUUGGUGGAGGAUCCCUACAUGAUGGGCAGGAUAGCGUGUGCUAACGUCCUCAGUGAUCUCUACGCCAUGGGCAUCACCGAGUGUGACAACAUGCUGAUGCUGCUGAGUGUCAGUCAGAAGAUGAAUGACAAGGACCGUGAGCGGGUGAUGCCGCUGAUGAUUCGAGGGUUUCGUGACGCAGCAGAGGAGGGAGGGACUUCUGUGACAGGUGGCCAGACGGUGAUCAACCCCUGGAUCAUUGUGGGCGGAGUAGCGUCUGUCGUCUGCCAGCCAAAUGAGUUCAUCAUGCCGGAUGGUGCUGUUCCAGGUGAUGUCUUGGUUCUGACUAAACCUCUGGGGACUCAGGUGGCGGUGAAUGCUCACCAGUGGCUCGAUCAGCCUGAAAGGUGGAACAAGAUCAAGCUAGUCGUCACCAAAGAGGAAGUUAAAGAGGUCUAUCAGGAAGCCAUGUUCUCUAUGGCAACGCUAAACCGCACAGCGGCCAGUCUAAUGCACAAGUUCCAGGCCCACGCUGCAACGGAUGUGACCGGUUUCGGGUUGUUGGGGCACGCCAACAACCUGGCAGCACAACAACGAAACGAGGUGGCCUUUGUCAUCCACAACCUACCAAUCCUGGCCAAGAUGGCUGCCAUCAGCAAAGCCUGUGGCAACGCGUUCAACCUGCUCCAGGGCACAUCAUCAGAGACUUCUGGCGGGCUGCUGGUGUGUCUGCCCAGAGAGCAGGCGGCCAAGUUUUGCUCGGAGAUGAAGAGUCAGAGCUCCGGAGCUGGAGGUCAGGGGGCGGCGGGCGGAGCAUGGAUCAUCGGGAUUGUAGAGAAAGGUGACCGCCGCGCUCGCAUCAUCGACAAGCCCCGCAUUAUUGAGGUUCCACCACGAGGAAGCCAGGCAGCCAAUCAGGACAACAGCUCCACCAGCCCUGCUCCUAGCCCCAAUUUGUCAUAGACACUGCCCCCCCCUCCUCCCCCGACACUGGUCUGGUGUGCGAGUGUGUGUGAUUGUGUUGAUGUUGCUGUCCAGUUGGAGAGGAAAUGGACAGCAAACAUUAUUAUUUAUCCAUCUUUGGAAAGAGCUGCUGAGAAAAGGCAUACCCUUCACCAUUUUGGCAUUAAAUGUAAAUUCAGUGUGUUACACUGGCCUACACCUCCCCUGCCUUUCCGUUAUUCCUUUCCUAAUCCACAUAGACAUCUGACUUUAUAUAAUUCAUCUAAAUGCAAAAAGAUUUCAGGAAAAAAUGAGUCUCACUUCUAAAGAGAAAACAUUCCAAAUCAUUCUUGCCAGCGAAUAAUGAAAAUUGAAUGUGUGUGUGUGUGUUUGAGUAUUUUAUCAUUUGACUGGUGUGCUUUUGCUGUGGGGAAGUGGAACAGGGGAUUCUUGUUGACUUUUUGUUUUGUUUUGGAAGUGGAUGAUGAUCAUGUCUCAUGUGAAUGAAAAUAAACCGUUCAUCGGUCCUGGCACCUGGCUCUGCCCACACAGCCCAGAGGAAGGCUUGAGCAGCUUCCUUUGGACCCGCUGGGUGUUGGUCAGAGUGUCCGUCUAUGUCAGCUGAUUGGCUGUCCAGCACUAAGUCCCUCCCACCCUUCCUUUUUAUGAAGCUCUGCCUUUUAAACCCCAGCUAAGGGGGUCAGGUAGAGUGGAUGUUGCCUUCGGAUCGGGGUCGGACUCAUGCUGCUGGAGGUCUAAAGCUCUCUGUGUUUGUAGGUUUCCUGCUUUUCACAAUCAAUAAAAACCAUCAUCAACUUUGA